AAACCAUACAACUUGUUCGAUAACAACCCCGAGAAUGCCUAAUAAAGAGUUAAGCAACUUUUCAUGCUUAAAUGCUUAAAAAUUUCUAUGUGUGCAUAUUCAUUGUUUUCAAUGUGUUCAACUUCAAUUUCAAUGCUUGUCAUGCGAGUGCGGUUUCUUUGUGUUUUUGACCUUAGCUCUGUUUAUUUUGUUGUGCUAAAAGCGAAAAAAUGAAUUUUUUUUCAACGAUUCGACAGUAUCUGGUUUUUAUUGUUUGCUAUUUGCUGAGGGUGUCGGUGGAGGCAUAUGAUAAGGAAAUGACGGUGCACAUUGACGCGGGCAAAAAAGAAUGCUUCUAUCAUCAUGUAAACAAAGGUGAAACUAUCGACAUCGAAUACCAGGUGAUCGAUGGCGGUAAUGGUGAUUUGGAUAUUAGUUUUUCCCUUAACGAUCCCAUAGGCUUGAUAAUUGUGGGUGAUUUUAAAAAAUCUGAAAAUAUACAUCGUCAUGAAGUGCAGCUCGACGGUGAUUACCGAUUUUGUUUUGAUAAUACUUUUAGUGCGUUUAACAGGAAAACAGUUUUUUUCGAAUUAAUUGUGGAAAGAGAGGGUGAACAGAACUUAGGUGAUAAUCAAUGGAAUGAUAUGCUCGAAGGCUUAACACCCGAGGAAUAUUACGAAAUGAAAGUGCAAGAUAUCAUGGAUUAUAUAGGCCGUAUACGAAUGCAGAUGACUAAAGCUCGACAGAUACAAGAUAUUCUGCGUUCUCACGAAGCACGUGAUCGCAACCUAGCAGAAGCAAACUUUAUGAAAGUGAAUGUUAGGUCAUUCAUCCAAAUUUGUGCCAUGAUAGCAGUGGGUCUUCUCCAAGUCUUCCUAGUACGUAGCAUAUUUGACAAUAAUGGUCGUAUGAACAAAAUUUGGCAAAAGGUGCGUUUGUGAAGCAAAAUAAUCAAUAAUUUCUCGCAUAUAGAUAAAACGCUAGGGAAGCUCUCUAAAGAAGCCUUAAUGAAUCUUUCUAAAAAUGACACCAAAGAAAAUUUAAAAAUUUUGAUCACAGAAACCAUGUUCAGGGAUAAAUUGUAAUGAAAGCAAUGCUAAUAUUUUAACUUGAAUCAUUCCUUGCCAUACAUAUUUUUAACUAAAUCUAUCUUUUAUUAAACGUUUAUAUGCUACUCAUCAGAUUAUUGCAAUGCACAUC